AUGGGCCAUCCCGGCCCUCGUUUCCCGGGCCCCGGGCUGAAGGAUGGAGUGGUGGUCGCUCGGUGCAUGGCUCGGGCCGGUGUGGACGUGACCUUUCAUGGCGUAAAUGCACACGCGGGAAAUGCGCCUUGGUUGGGCCGUAACGCGCUGGAUGCAGUGGUCGCGGCAUACACAAGUAUUGCCAUGCUUCGCCAGCAGACUAUCCCGAACCAGCGUAUCCAUGCCAUCAUCUCCAAGGGCGGUGACAAACCCAAUGUUAUUCCGCACUUGACCGAAAUGCAGCUUUUCGUCCGGAGCGAAACGGAUGCCGAUAUGGAGAAGACGUGCCAGCGGAUUGUCGAUGCCUGCGAAGGUGCUGCUAAGGCGGCGGGUUGUUCGGUCGAGUUCAAGUGGCUAGAGAGUUACAAGGAUCUCCAAUGUAGUGACACCAUUGCGGAUAAGUUCUAUGCACACUCCCAAAGCCAGGGCUUGGAUUAUCUUCGUUCUAUGUCGACCGUAAGUGGAGCGUCUACGGACCAAGGAAACGUUAGCUAUGCACUACCUAGUUUGCAUCCAGGCUUCUCCAUCGACGUCCAAAGUGCCCAGAUUGGCCCUCAUCAUCCCUUGUUUGAACGAGCGGCUGGCUCUCGCUCCGGGUUCGAGAAUUCGCAGAAGUUUGCCAGCGCCAUGGCGGCUACUGGAUUGGAAAUUCUUCAAGACGGCGAUUUGCGGAAGCAAUUGUGGGCGGAGCACAAAGAACGAUUUUCUGCGCUGAAUUCGGAGUAG